AUGGCGCCUUGGGAGGAUUUCGAUUCCAUCUUUCAGUUCAACAAGGACUUCAGCUACGAUGGCAAGCUCAUUGAACAGAUCAUCUCAAAUCGCCGCGCCUUAGAGGACCGGCUUUUUGCAGACAGACUCCUGGGCUUGCUCGGCGUCAAAGCAGGUAGCUCUCUCCGCUCCCCAAGGUUGGAAAUUCAAACAAAAGGAUUGACCAGGCACAAUUUGAUAGUCACGCGGCUCUACCCUCCUCGGUCGAACACUGACCUGCGCACACUGAUCGGACACAUCGUAUCCUCACCACUCGACAUCCAUCACAAGCAAUCGUUGAUAUACUACAUCCUCAAAGACUGCCGCGGCGCCAGCAACGAUGCGGCUACGCAGUUCUCCCGCCGGUGUCACCUACCGGAGAAGUAUAGGCUGUUCAUAGACGGUCUCUGGAACCUUGACAGAUUGGAGUUCAAGCGAGCUGUCGAAUACCUGACUGAGCCUUCCAUUAUCCCCACAUUUCCCGACGAAAUCCUCUACGCUUUAACCCUUCCAAACCUCCCCAGACACGACGACAGCCUUGUCAUGGCAUACUACCUUACCGUGGCCCCGCCAUUGGCUACCGAGAAGGUUCAGCGGGCCUUCUUCCAGACCAUGUGCCGCGCAAGCGUAACCGAAGCGUUCUACUUCACGCGCAAGCAUGAUGAAGAGCUCCGUCAGAGCUACCUGGAGAAGCUCAUUGAAUUUGUCCUGACGAGCGAGGCCGGCCCCGCGCGAAGUGCGAGGGCUAUGGAAUUGAUCGGUCUCCCGUUCGAUGAGCAGGAGGAAGAAUGGUUCGAGGAGUCUUUGCUCCGGGGCAAUGCCCGGGGGCUUCAUGGCCAUAAAGAUACGGUCAUGAUGCGACGCUUAGCGACAGGGAAGUUGAAUGGUUUGUCUACCGACCUUGAGUCGCUGGGUGGGGAAAAGGUCGAUGGAUUGAACUGGGACGUUCUGCGCCAAAGCCUGGCCCAUUCGAAACUCGUAUCGUCGACCAAAGGGGCUAACCAACGGUCCUGA